AGAUAGUCUUUUAAAGCUUUUUUCUUUUUGAUCUUUCUGUAUCUUGUUGAACAUUUAUUUCAAAUGAAUUUAUGACAGCCAAGGCAGCUGUAACACACCUAGGAAAGAGGAUAAAGAAAGCAAAGACCGUGGCCCCUAAGAGACACAAACUAGUCUAAAACUAAAGCGGAAAAAUCCUCCCAAAAAGCGAAGCCCAGAGGGGAGAAGGUAGAAAGGGUUAAAAUUCUUUUGAUUGACGUGGUAGCCUCCGGUGCCCUGGGCUCAGGCGCGCGCCAUUGGCCACCAGACCUUGUGCCUGGCGGCCAAUGGGGGGGCGCGGUCCACGAGCGGUGCCGCGUGUCUCCUCCUCCCAUUGGCUGAAAGUUACUGUGGGAAAGAAAGUUUGGGAAGUUUCACACGAGCCGUUCGCGUGCAGUCCCAGAUAUAUAUAGAGGCCGCCAGGGCCUGGGGAUCACACUGGAUCCGGAGCUGGUGCUGAUAACAGCGGAAUCCCCCGUCUACCUCUCUUCUCGGUCCUGGAAUAGCGAUCGCCUAGUAGCCAUAAAAAUAUUACAAUAAACCCUCAGCACUUGCUCAGUAGUUCGGUCUCAAGAAAAGGGACGUUUAAAAAAUUAUUUUUGGUUGAAGGACUCCAGAAAUAAAAUUCUCUAGGGACUUAAAAAAAAAAAGGAAGGAAAAUGCCAGCUGAUAUAAUGGAGAAAAACUCCUCGUCCCCGGUGGCUGCUACCCCAGCCAGUGUCAACACGACACCGGAUAAGCCAAAGACAGCCUCUGAACACAGAAAGUCAUCAAAACCAAUCAUGGAGAAAAGGCGGAGAGCAAGAAUCAAUGAAAGUCUGAGCCAGCUGAAAACACUGAUUUUGGAUGCCCUCAAAAAAGAUAGCUCGCGGCAUUCCAAGCUGGAGAAGGCGGCCAUUCUGGAAAUGACAGUCAAGCACCUCCGGAACUUGCAGCGCGCGCAGAAGGGGUACGCCGCACUGAGCACAGACCCGAGCGUGCUGGGGAAGUACCGCGCUGGCUUCAGCGAGUGCAUGAACGAGGUGACCCGCUUCCUGUCCACGUGCGAGGGCGUUAACACCGAGGUGCGCACCCGGCUGCUCGGCCACCUGGCCAACUGCAUGACCCAGAUCAAUGCCAUGACCUACCCCGGGCAGCCGCACCCCGCCUUGCAGGCGCCGCCGCCCCCGCCGGGACCCGGCGGUCCCCAGCACGCGCCGCCCUUCGCGCCGCCGCCGCCGCUCGUGCCCAUCCCCGGGGGCGCGGCGCCACCUCCCGGCGGCGCCCCCUGCAAGCUGGGCGGCCAGGCUGGAGAGGCGGCCAAGGUGUUCGGCGGCUUCCAGGUGGUACCGGCUCCAGACGGCCAGUUUGCCUUCCUCAUCCCCAACGGGGCCUUCGCGCAUAGCGGCCCCGUCAUCCCCGUGUACACCAGCAGCAGCGGAACCUCCGUGGGCCCCAACGCAGUGUCGCCGUCCAGCGGCCCCUCGCUCACGGCCGACUCCAUGUGGAGGCCGUGGAGGAACUGAGCGAUUCCGGGCUCCUCUUCCCCUACCUCCCCGCACCCCAUCCUCCCAACCUCCGGACACUAAACAGGAAUUUGGAUCCUGGGCGGGGAGAAAACUUUUGUGAUUGGUUACCUUGUUAUUUUUUUAAUUUCUAAAAAAAAGUUACUUUUUUUUUCUAGAGAGCUGUAUUAAGUGACUGACCAUGCACUAUAUUUGUAUAUAUUUUAUAUGUUCAUAUUGGAUUGCGCCUUUGUAUUAUAAAAGUAAAGAUGACAUUUCGUUUUUUACACGAGAUUUCUUUUUAUGUGAUGCCAAAGAUGUUUGAAACUGCUCUUAAAAUAUCUUCCUUUGGGGAAGUUUGAGGAAAUAUAAUAAAAGAGUGAAGGUG